AUGCCUCCGAACGUCCUUGUCGUCCUGACUUCCGCCGGGGAAAUUCCCGCCUUGAAGAAGCCGACUGGCUGGUACCUGCCGGAAUUCGCCCAUCCUCACGACGUCCUCCACUCCAAAGUCUCGCUGACCGUGGCCUCGCCCAAGGGCGGCGAGGCCCCGCUGGAUCCCAGCUCUGUCGAGAUGUUCAAGUCCGACCCAGUCGCAACCACCUUCCUCGCCGAGCAAAAAGCCCUCUGGACAAACACUCACAAGCUCACCGACAUCCUGCCCCGCGCUGCCGACUUCGACGCCAUCUUCUACGUCGGCGGCCACGGCCCAAUGUUCGACCUCACCACCGACCCAACCUCCCUCUCCCUCAUCCAGACCUUCGCCAUCGCCAAAAAGCCCAUCGCCGCCGUCUGCCACGCCCCCUGUGUCCUGCUCAACGCCACCGCGCCCGACGGCACGCCGCUCAUCGCCGGUGCCACGGUCACCGGUUUCUCGAACGAGGAGGAAGACCAGGUGCAGCUCUCGGCCGCGAUGCCGUUCCUGCUGGAGACGGAGCUUCGCCGCAUCUCCGGCGGCAAGUAUGUCAAGGCCGACCAAGCGUGGGGGAGAAGGUCGUGCUGGACAAGACAGGGCUUGGAGGGCCGCUGA